AUGUCGAAGUUGAAACUCAUUGAAACUAUUAAGCAAUAAGAAAAACUCAUCUAGAAAUUGCAAACCUAAAUUAAAAGAAGUCACAGUCAUUUCUAAAGUCCUCAAGAUAGCAAGCAAUAAAAUACCCAAAGAAGUUCAAGUCGAAGCAUACACAAUGCAAAGAAACUGAAAGAAAAGGAUCAAACCAUCAAUAUCCUUACUGAAAGGCUUAAUAAAGCAUUUGAAAAUGAGAAUCAUGUAUUCAUCAUCUAAAACCUAUCAGAUCAAAUAUAAGAUUCAAAAGUAAAGAGUCAUGUUUAAGUGUCUCUAUAACGAUUUGCAAAAUGAAGUCGUUAAACUGAAAACUGAAGUGCUACAAUUGACAACUCCAUAAAGAUAAUCCAAAAAAUUACUUUACUAUUGA